GGAGGGCAGAGCAGCAGGUGCCAGCGGUCCCCCUUGCAGCAUUGCUCAGUCCUCACAUUGGCUGUGACAGCAGCACUUAUUAGCAGAGAGAGGGAGAGCCAGCCAGUGCGUGGAGUAUGCAGCCGACUCUAACUGCAGGGGGCGGCGGGCGAUCCUUAGCCCCCCUCGCCCAACAACCCGCUGUCAAAGCGGUACACGUUUACAGAAAUGGAGACCCCUAUUAUCGUGGCCGCCGAAUGCUGAUCCAUGAGAAGAGGGUUGGCACCUUUGAGGUCUUCCUGAAGGAUGUCACAGGCGGAGUGCAAGCCCCCUUUGGUGCCGUAAGGAACCUUUACACUCCAAGAUAUGGGCACAGGGUUACGUCUCUGGAGGAUCUUCAACCAGGAGAAUGCUAUGUGGCAGGAGGACGGGAAAGUUUUAAAAAGUUGGACUACGCACACAUUGGAGAGAACAAGAGAAAGACGGUAGACCCUAUGAGUCAGACUCCAUCAGAGGAGCAGGAUUUAUCAGCAGAGGUAAAACCAGUGUCUCACAGCAGGAUCAAUGUUUCAGCAAGGUUUAGAAAAAAUGUUCAAGAGCCAUGCACUGUAUUCCUGAUUGCCAAUGGAGAUGUUAUGAAUCCUGUGAUACGCUUGCUGAUACCAAGGAAAGUUCUGGAUCAAUGGGAGCUAGUUCUAGCAAUGGUCACCGACAGAGUAAAACUGCGAAAUGGAGCAGUACACAAGCUUUACACAUUAGAUGGAAUUCCUAUUCAAGAUGGAUCAGAGCUAGAAAACGGACAAUUUUAUGUUGCAGUGGGCAGGGACAAGUUCAAAAAGUUGCCAUAUAAUGAUCUGAUAUUUUCAAAGGCCUCUGUGAGAAGAAGUUAUGGUUCAAAAGCUUCCUCGUUGCCUCCCAUUAAUGGAUAUAGGAAGUCUAAGGAGAACAGACAUGAGCGCCAAACAAAAUCCACAGGUGGUUCCACUGAUGCUGUAGACACUAUAAUUUCUCCUCAACCACCUAAGCCUAAACCCAAGAAAAACCCUGAAGCUCAAAUACUCAACAAACCAGUGAAAGUGAAACAGAAGAAGGAAAUAAACAACAACUACAUCAUUUACACACGAAAUGAUGAUGGCAUUUUCAAAGCUGGUGAAGACAGAUCAGAAAUGUGGGGGGCAUCAGAAGUUCAGGAAGAUGAAAACACUAAAGUGGAGGUUCCGGUUGAUCAGAGAGUGGCAGAAACGGUUGAGGAGGAGGUACAGGACCCCGAAGAUGCUGAUGGUGGAGAAGCUGUUGAUGAAGAAGAAGAAGAAGAAGAAGCAGACGACGUUGGUCAUGACAACAUCCCACCAGAUGAAAAUCAGGAGAAUAGCAUCAUAAAUCAUGAAGUGGAGGCCAGUCAUGAAAAAUUAAACAACUUCAUAGAAGAUGAUGUGGAGGCCAGUCAUGAAAAAUUAAACAACUUCAUAGAAGAUGAUGUUAAUAAUGAAGCUGAACUACAGGAGGAAGACCAACAUUUUAAUUCAGCGGAUAUGAAUGGUGAAAAUUCGGAGCAAAUAAAUGGCGAUAUGUAUGAAAAAGAAGAAGGUGAAGAUGAAAUCCCAGAUGGAAACACAGAUGAAAAAAGUCAGGCUGAAUAUUCUCUUCCAAGACCAACCUCAUCAAGACUUCUGGAGAAAGCGUCCACUCCUACUGACACAGAGAAGGAUUUGGAGCCUGAAGCCUGAUCCAAGGGUGGAAUGACCCCUGAUCAUAGAUGCUACCUUGAUACUUGAAUCUGCAUGUUUUACUGUAUCAUUACAAAGCUAGUUAAUGGAAGGAGUAUGUAUGUAGACAUGUAUAUACAUUUACAUUCCCUUAUAUUAAACAUAUCAGCGUAU